AUAAUACUCUAGUUUACCUUCGGAAAAACAAAAAUAUACAAUUUUUGGAAAAUUAAAAAUUAGGUUUAACCAUAAUAUUAAUGAAAUCCCUUCUUACUUAAAUAAUUCAUGUUUAGAUAGUGAUAUUAAGUCUGAAAAAUGGCAGACGAACGUAAUUUUCGGUCAUCGUACUACGAAAAAGUUGGAUGCAGAGGUGUCGAGGAAAAGAAGUCCUUAGAAAUCUUAUUGAAAGAGAAACCUUGGGAUAAAAUGAAACUGAAACAAUUUUGUCUACGUUUCACAGUGCCUGCCGCGUACAGGAAUCUCGUAUGGAAAGUUUUACUUGAUAUAUUGCCUGUUUAUCCUGACUCGCACCAAUUUGUGAUGGAGCAGAGAACAGAUCAAUACAGAGACUUAUUGUAUGCUGUGGAAAUGCUAGAACUUGUAGACCUGAAAGAGCGACGCAGUAAGAUUCUGCUACAGAUGUGGCUUCUUGACAAUGAAGAGAGAGAACCACCUGUUUUUAAAGAAACCAAUUUCUCAUCAGAAGACACAUUUGUGCCAAUAGCUGAAACAUUAUUGGAGCUUUAUGAUGAUGAAGUGGACGUGUAUUGGUUUGCUAAGAGCUUAACUGAUGCUGUUUGUGCAAUGCAGAAAGACUUGUCCAAACUAAAUGAAGCAUUCCAGAGUAUGCUGGAGAAAGAAGAUGGGGAGCUAUAUAAUCAUUUAGUUGAAUUGAAUGCUCUUGAGAAAUUGCCCCUUGUAAAAUGGUAUAACUGCUGUUUUGCUGGCAUUCUAGAUGACACAUCCCUUGCUAAAAUUUGGGACAAAUUAUGCAGUGGGGCACCGAAAAUCUUAUCAUUUGUGGCCGUGAUGCUAGUUAUAACUUUAAGACGUAAUAUUUUGAAAGCAACAUCAGUAGAAGAAAUUCUGAAAUGUGUUUCGGAGAUUCCAGAACAGUAUGAAGAAGUUAUUGCAAUAAAAGCAAUUGAGUUAUGGCAAUACUAUGGUUCACAGCCUCAAAGUGAUCCGCUUGCGAAAAAAUGAUGUAUGACCUUCUAAUGAGUGUACAUACAUAACUCAUUAGAAACAAAACUUUUUUAAUAAAUUAUGAAUUAUCCUACUCAAAAUUAUUAAAUAGGUGAAAUAUGUAAUAUGAAGUAAAAAGUGUAAUAUUCAUGGUAUGACUAUUUAAAUUAAUCUUUAUUGCUAGGGUUGUCAUCUGUUAGACUUUGUCCAGAUUAAAAUUUAUACAUCUGGCUUGUAUGGCUUUUGCCUAAAUGC